CCAGCUGACCGUCAGCCGCUUCGUGACCGACCGCCCCUCACGCAGCACACUUAUUCUCUCUGGUCAGUGCGCUCUUUCACUUCCUAUCAUCGAAGUCUUCUCGAAAAUGACCAGCUGACGGCCUCCUCCGUCUCGCACUACUCCACAUACUCUCGCAGCCACCUGAACACGUGCGCCGACCGGCUAGAUUUGCUAUUCGCGGCCGACUCUAAAUGUACACAUUCCAGGCUAUUUAUUAUACCAUGGUGGUCACUGGAGUCCUUUCAUCACGGAUACGGAGUACAGAUCAGCGUGUUGGUACAAUGACAGAUCUACUGGAAAUGCUAAAUGAAAAGACUCUAGCAGCUUAAGAGCACGUGAAGUUUAUAGUGAUUUGGAGAUUUUAUGCAAUGGUGAUCGAGCAGUAUCAGUCAUAUUUUAUUUGUAGGUGAACAUAAUAAAUAACAGUUACA